AUGUGGGUUGCGGUGCGUCGCAAUUCGUCUAUCCAGCACGCAAUCACCGAGAUUUUGGGAUGGGAGGUAUCAAGCAAAACUGCUUCUGAUGAGCGUCGUCGAUUCGAGCGGGUGGCGGGCUACAUGUGUUUACCGAGCAAGAGUCGGGAGAAGGGAAAAAGAGGCGACAACGGGCUGAUCUGCGACGUUCUCUAG